AAUAGUUAAAAUCAGUUCUUUUUACUCAAAGAGCAAAAAACCAGAGCUUUGAUCGGUGCUGCCACUUAUUAGGGCAGGUGGUUUGGCAUUGUUUUAUCGGAUUAUGCAAAUUUUCAGACGCCGAAACAUCUUUCUACUCAAGAAUUCGUUGAUUCCCUCUUUCUUACCUGCAAAACAAAAGGCUGCUGCUGCUACAAGCCAUGGCGGCUCAUUUCAUUCCACGCCUUUUACCUGUGAAAAAUGGAAGAACAAAUGGAAUUUUGAUAAAAGAAGCACUCAACAACCAACUAAGAGUUAUGAAAGAUAUGCAAUACGUCAAAAGCGUGCUGAAACAAAGAGAGCUUUGAGAAAUCUUUUCUUUAGUGACCGAGCCUCGAAUAUUUCAUUUCAGGAUGAAGAUCCAAUAUGGAAAUUUGAUGGGACAGACCGCUGGGAUUCAGAUGGCUCUGUUAAGAAGAACCAGUCGAGGUUUUCUGGACGAUGUGCUGGGAAAUCUAACUGCAGGAAAAGUAAACGACGGCUUAGAAGAGAGAGUUUCUCGGAGGACUUUGAUAAUCCCGAGACUAUAUUCGAAUCUACAUUUGGGAACAAGUGGUAUACUUGGUCUUUUAGGGGCGAUUUUACUUUCCGAAAUUCAGAAUCUGAAUUUGAGUGGAUAGAAAAAUCGGACCGUACUAAUCGAAGAACAGGAGAGCAGGACACUCCUAGUGAAAAUGAGUCCGAGGAUAAGGAAUAUGCAGUAGUGGGAUCAUGUUCUGAUAGAGUGAUCCUUGGACUACCUCCAACUGGCAGCUUAAAGCUCGAAGAUGUUAAAAAGGCCUUCCGCUUAUCAGCUUUGAAGUGGCAUCCUGAUAAACAUCAAGGUCCUUCACAGGCAAUGGCUGAAGAGAAAUUUAAAACAUGUGUUGCAACAUACAAAUCAUUAUGUCAUGCUUUAGCCCGAGGCGAUUAGUAUUCCUUCGAAUUUAAGCUCCAAGUAGAGAAUAACUACAACAGUAAUGUAUACUUUUUUCUUUUGUAAUCUUUUAAAUAAGCAAUUCUCAUCCACCCAAGUUCUCUUCAAAAGUUACAGUUUUUGGUCUCAUAAUUAACAAUGGGCCAUAUAUGUAUUUUUAACAAGGGAACAGAAAUUUUAUAGCUUAA